AUAGCUUCUCAGACAUAAUUAUUUCCAUAGGACAAAAACAAAUUUAAAUCUUAUUCUUGUCCAGCCGAGGAAAUGAAAACCCGUAAUUCUCAGCCACAAAAAUCAUGGAUUCUUAUCGUUUCAAUCCUCGGCCUAGUAAUCGCCGGUCUAAUCUUAUCAACUUUUAUCCGAUCAGGAACCUCCGACAUGGCAUUUCUCUGCUCAUUAGCCAGCUCAAAAGCUCGCGCCACGGCGGAAUACGCCGAGACUCCGAUCCAACUGCAAGCAAUACUCCACUACGCUACUUCACCGAUAACGCCGCAGCAAUCUCACGGCGAAAUCUCCGUCACCUUUGACGUGUUAAAAGCCCAUUUAGGUUCCUGUAAUUUCUUGGUUUUCGGUUUAGGUCACGAUUCUUUAAUGUGGAACUCUUUUAAUCCACACGGCACCACCAUUUUUCUUGAAGAAGAUCCGAAGUGGAUCCAAACUGUUCUUAAAACGUCCCCUACACUAAACGCUCACGCCGUUCAGUACCGGACUCAGCUGCAAGAAGCUGAUAAAUUACUCGCCGGUUACCGGAGUGAGCCGUCUUGUUUGCCGAGUAAAGCUUAUAUACGAGGAAACUACGACUGUAAACUCGCGUUGACUGGCUUACCUGACGAGGUUUAUGAGAAAGAGUGGGAUCUGAUCAUGAUCGAUGCGCCGCGUGGAUACUUCGCCGAGGCUCCUGGGAGAAUGGCGGCGAUUUUCUCGGCGGCGGUUAUGGCCAGAGCGAGGAAGGGAUCCGGUGUUACGCAUGUAUUUUUGCAUGAUGUGGAUAGGAAAGUUGAGAAGGUUUAUGCGGAGGAGUUUUUGUGUCGGAAAUAUUUGGUUAAGAGCGUCGGUCGGUUGUGGCAUUUUGAGCUGCCUCCGGCGGCUGCUAAUAACUCCGAUGAGUCGUUUUGCUAAAAUGCGCCUCCGGUGAUUAAUGCGUUUGUUAUUUUUCUUGAUGUGUUGUUUAAUUACUAUUCAUUAUUAUUACUACUAUUAUGUAUAGGUUUAGAUUUUUGAAAAUAUUUAUUUUAAAUGAAAA